AGUUUCCAUGCACUACCGGUAGGCAAGUUGAAAGUCCAAAUUGGAACCGGCCAAGUUAUGAGGGCGUCACCCGGAACGAAGCUUAGUUUCCAUGCACUACCGGUAGGCAAGUUGAAAGUCCAAAUUGGAAGCCACCACACCGAUGCGCUGGUAGACGAAGGGGCUGAGAUCACGCUCAUUAGGAGGGAUUUUGCAAAAAUUAUGGGAUACCCAAUAAACAAGGAGACAACUGGAAGCAUCCGUGGGGCAGGUGUGGAAACUCCUUUCUCCGGGUAUGUUACUAAAUGUGCAGUCAAGAUCAGGGUUAGGGAGUCCAUUUGGUCAUUCCAAUGGAUGACUGUCAUGGAUGAAAUGGACCACGACAUAAUCAUUGGGACACCUUGGUGCACAAAUGUGGAAAUGAUAGGAAUGCACCUGCAUGAUGGGACAUACAUGGUAGACAUAAAAGAUCCUGUGACGGGACGUGGGGAGUUGCUCCGUCUCAUCGGGACACGGGGUGAGACACCAAAAGGGAAGCUACCAACAUGGUCACCAUUGUUCGAGGAAAGUGUCAGAAAGGGGGCCUUCGCACGAAUGGAAGGAAUGGGAGAAAGGGUAGAAAUUAUGAUCGAAGAGGCUUUCAGCAAGAAAGAAUGGAUCAAGAUGGGAUUACCGCUGAAAAAGCGGAGACAAGAGGACGAUGCCCUGGGUGUUAUGUUUGAUUACAAGAACGAGCGCAUAGCCAGUCUUAGGAAUAGGGCCGAUGGCCUGAGCACGGUUUUCAUUACACCAGAAGGAGUAGAGGACACGGAACCUAUCGAUGCGUUCCUCGACUAUGACGGAGGGACCCUUGUGGUCAACAACGAGAUGGUAGAACCAGCCUACACAUUUGGGGACUUAUUAAUCAACGCAUUGGAAAAAGGGUCUCCCGCCGUAGUCGCAAAACUCGGGGAGGGAACAGUUACAAGAACUGGUCGUAAGGAAGAAAAGGAUUCGUGGGGUGACACCGUGGGGCCUCAGGAAGAACUGAUGGCAAUGGCAAUAGGAGGACGAGAAGCGGUUAUGAGUAUUACGCCGGAAGAUGCGAAGGUGGCUAGUAUAAGGGACUGGCCACGACCUCAGACUGUUACUGAGGUCAGAUAUUUCUUAGGAAUGUGCGGCUACUAUAGAAACUUCGUAAAGAACUAUUCCACAAUCGCCUCUCCUUUGACUGAUCUAACUCGACUCGACACGCCGUGGGACUGGAGUGAUGAGUGUGAGGCUACUUUCAAACGAUUGAAGCAUGCACUCAUGAAUCAUGAGGUUCUUAUGGUGCCCGCUCCUCAGAAGCCAUUCAUAAUGACCACCGACGCAAGCCAAUACGGCAUUGGCGCAGUGCUGGCUCAACAGGAGGGGAAAAAGUUGAGACCGAUUGAGUACAUGAGCAAAAACAUGUCAUCUAAGAAACUGGCAAAGUCCACCUAUGAAAGGGAACUCUAUGCUCUCUACAAAGCACUUGUCCAUUGCAGGCACUUUCUGUUGGGAAGGUUUUUCUACUUGAGAACUGACCAUCAGACCCUCAAAUGGAUCAAGACUCAACCGGCUCAUUCUGAUGCACUCAAGCGCUGGAUUGAGGUCAUAGAUCAGUAUGACUUCAAGCUAGAGUAUCUGAAGGGAGAGUACAACAAGGUUGCAGAUGCGCUGUCCCGUAAAGCGGAUCUAGUUUCUGAGUUUGGUGUAUCUGAGAAACUAACUCAAACACUGGUGGGAGCCUAUCAAGAACACCCUGUCACGAUGGACAUCAUACGCAAGCUUCAGGCAAAAGACAAGGCCACAGAAGAUGAGUUUGUGAUGGUGGACGGGCUUCUCUUUCUUGAUAAGGCCGAAUUUAAAAGAGAUGUCUGUUUCACAAGUGAGCUGUGGAAGAAGACUGCUGAACAGAUGGGCAGUCAACUUCAAAUGACUUCAGGGAAUCAUCCCGAAGCCAACGGACAAGCCGAGCAAAUGAACAGAGUUGUACAACACCUGCUGAGGCAUUACAUCAAGCCCAGUGAGGAUGAUUGCGAUGAGAAGUUGCCUCUGAUUGCCAGCCUAUACAACAACGCUGUACACAGCAGUACCGGCGUUAGUCCUAAUCAGCUGCACUUGGGAUGGAAGUCUAGAUCAGCUCUGGACUUCCUCUUACCUGAAAACCGACCCUCUGCAACUCCAGGCACACUUGAGUAUGGUGUGCAGUAUAAGAAGUUGCUGCAGCAAGCUGUCGAGCACAUCAAGAAAGCUCAGCAAGCAAUGAUUACUUCUGAGAACAAACAUCGUCGAAAGUCCUCAUUUCAGGAAGGGGAACGUGUCUGGGUCAAGGCUAGUGAACUAGGACACGAAUUCAGAAUCUCUCGUAAACUAAUGCCUCAGUAUUUAGGUCCCUCGGAAGUCCUGGAUAUAGUUGGGGAUGAGAUGGAUGAUCCUACCUAUGUUAUCCACAUAAAGCUCGCACCUUUCGCUGAGACAGAUCAAUUCCCUUCAAGGAGAUCGAUGCUGCCCCCAACCAUGGAUGGCCAAGUGGACAUCGACGACAUUGUGGAUCACAGAGACUUGCCUGUUUCAAAGACGCUGGGUCGAGGAAGACCUCCCAAACCCAAGAGAGAAUAUUGCGUCAGAAUCAGGCAUCAUACGGAUCGAAAAGAAGAUCGGUGGUUCACAAGAGAGGAACUGAUUGACACAGCUGCUCAAGUGAUGUCAGAAUAUGAGAGAAUGUUAAAAGGGAAGGCACCUGCAAAGUAAGCAUCUCAGCGGACUUUCGAAGCUAAGGGGGAUGGAAUGUGAGGAUUGAGCCCUCAAAAGGGGCCUUGCCGUGGUGUACAUGUCCUGGGCCAAGGCCCCCAGCAAGCAUCGUGCCCGCCCUAAGUGAAGGCGGGCCAACAAAUCAACGAGAGCCCUCUGUUCAAACGUUUCACGAAGUGGGGUCCAUACAAUUGCUGCACACCAGUUGGUUGGGGUGCACUGAGUACCGGAUCCCUGCAAAUGCAGAAGGACCAGGGCCCUUCCGAGUUGGUUAGGCCCUGGGCACAUAAAUGUGAGGCCGACAUUGCAUACUGGAAAUAGAGGCCGAAAAUGCCAAUGGGAAACCGGUCCACUAUCUGAAUCUGGACACAGGCCUGGAUAAAGGAGGCACAACUGU